CACGAUCAGGUCCAAUUCCACACUUACCCUUCCCAACAUUAAACUAAGGACCGGAAGAGCACUACCUCUCCUUGCUUAUCUCCAGCAUGUUCUUCUUUGUCGGUGCCAUCGGGAUCGUCUUCGCCAUUGUCGUGCUCCUUCUCCCCCCGCGGACUGUGCAGGUUUCGGUGUUCCGGUGUGGGAGAGCUGAGGACACGCUUAGGAACUUCCGGUCGAGAUCUAGCGUUGGUGGCGGUGCUGGGUUGGAGGAUCGGCCGAAGCUGCUGGGCUUGGAUCCACUGAUCGUCGGGCUGCGCUUCGGAGCACUUGGUUCCCUUCCGAUCCGGAGGCUCUAGCUCGACAUUUUUCACUUGCUCGCCGGAGAUGAUAGCAGUAGCGAGGACGAUGGCCGGACGUCUUCCCUGCGGGUCUUCGUCAUGCUCAGCACUUUCGUCGUCACCCUUGUUUGCAUCCAGUUUGGCUUCACUUCUGGCUUCUCGUCCCUGACCCAAGAGGACAUCAUUCGAGACCUCGGCAUCGCUCUUUCUAAGGAUCAAGCCAAGACUAGGGAAUCCAUCUUUCAAGCCACAAAAACAUCACAUCCUUGCUGCAGUUGAGAAUUUUGUCGACUUGUUAAAAAUUAGAUACUCUUCGCCACUUUUCCGAUUGAGGACUGCAAAUGCCAUUCAGGAAAGGGUACGUUUCCAUAACGUAGGACCUUCAUCGAUCCUCAGAUUGGUUGUUAUGAGUAUUGAAGAUGGACACGAAGGAGUGCCUGGCAUAGCUCAACUUGAUCCAUUAUACUCUUUUAUCGCCGUCGUAUUCAAUGCAAGGCCAACUGAUGUUUUAUUGUCAAUCCCUGCGUUAAUUGCUAAACGACUUCAGUUGCAUCCUGUUCAGUUUUAACCGGACCUGGUAAACUCGAUCAUGAAUGGAAGUAUAAACUAAGAAAACAAGUUUGAGUUUUAUUUGCAUUUCGUGCGAUUUGAUGGGGCGAAAGUAGUUGAGUUCUCCAUUGUUUGUUGGUAAAAAGAAGGAUCUUUGUUGAUGAGUUAAUUGCGAAGAAUCAGCACAUUAAUGAUAGACAUGUUGAUGAAAGAAUAAAACAUGAAUUUGCAAUAUGGUUUCACCAGUUUGCUCAUGAUCCUUGCAAAAGCAUUUCCAACCAAUUCUUGAAGGACUUAUCAAAAGGUCCAUUAAGGAGCUAUAAGUCUUAUAAUGGGUGCAUUGUAAAUGGCUACAAAUUUCACACAAAAACUCAUUCCUCAAAUACUGCAACAAUAAAUAGUGGUGUAUGUGUAAAGGGCACGAAUUAUACUACAGAUGAAAAUGACUACUAUGGCCAAUUAGUUGAGGUUUUAUGCUUGGAGUACCCGGGAUUACCAAUUAAGCGAAAAAUCUUGUUUAAAUGUGAUUGGUUUGGUCCAACACCGAAAGUGGGUACAAAAUGUCAUCAACAAUAUAAACUCGUGGAUGUCAAUCAUAAGCGGUUCUUCAACAAAUAUGAACCAUUUGUUCUUGCCUCACAAGCAAUUCAAGUUAAUUAUGUAACAUAUCCUAGUUUAAAAUGUGACAAGGGCGACUGGUGGGCAGUGUUCAAAGUAAAAGCUAGAUAUGGUGUAGAGCUUCCUAAACAAGUUCAACUGAAGAUAUCGACAACAUGUGAAGAAACUUUUCAGCAAGAUGAAAAGGAAGUUUCAUCUAUACAAAUCAAUGUUGAUGAUGAAGAACAAUCUCUAAAUGAUCCAAGUGGAGAAUUGAUUGAAAUUGAUGAUGAAGACGUUGAGGUUGAAGAUGAUCCUAGAUUUGAAUCCGAAAGCAAUGAUGAAGAUGAUGAGUUUGAUGAAAUUGAAAGUGAUAGUGAAUAAAUUAAGUACUUGUUCAAGCAAAAUGAGAGGGAAGGGUUGUAAAGGAGGUCCAAGUUACAGAGGUUCAUCCGAUAGUUUACAUUCGAUAGCACGUGAUGCUCCAGCUCUAGUUACUUCUGCACCGAAUGUAUUGUCACGACCAUUACCUCCAUCUGUUGCUAAUGCUUGUGCGGGAUUAUCAUCGUCUUCUGCUUCUACUCCUUGUGCUAGUGGAGGGGUUACCCCUAAUGGCGAGCCUACUAUGCAUGCUAGAGAUACCCCAACAUCAUCCAUGGAUUGCUUGCCCCUUACUAUUGAUGAGUCAAGAAGACCACGCAUAAAGCUAGUGAAUGGAAUGUUACUUUCCUCAGAUGUCUGUGCUCGAAAAAUUACAUUCAUCUUUAAGGAAAGAAUGGAUGAGAAUGGAUACAGUUGGAAGAAUGUCUCUAAGGAGACAAAAGACUUCUAUUGGAAUGAAUUUCAGAAAUUCUUUGUGUGGGAUGAAUCAAUGCUAUCUGCUAUUAAGAUGGCAUGGCAGCGUAAAGCUGCGGAACGAUAUAGAGCAUUGAUGUGUAGUUUGAGAAAGAGGAAAGAAAAAACAAUGCAUGUGUCUGACUCUGCAUGGAAGACAUGGACCGAGGCAUGGAAUUCCCCGGAAUUUAAAACUCGGUGUGAGAAAGCUACCGCAAACCGACUCACUGAGAUUACAGGACCUGGAUCUGGUAUAUCCCGACACACGGGAGGUUCCAUUUCUCAUGCUUCCCAUGCGGAUAGAUUGCGAUCGAGGCUUGGACGUGAUCCUCGCUCUUUUGAGCUUUUUGAAGUAACUAAUACAAAUAAGGGUAUCUACAUGCUUGUUGAUGCAUGUGCUCAAUCUGUUAAGGAUCGCUAUCUGGAGCUUGUGGAGCAAGCAUCUUAAACACAAGAAGGGCAUGACGUGCUUCCUAUUGUGGAUGAAAUAGCUUUGUACUAUGAGGCUGUUGGGGGAGGAAAGAAAAGUCGGGUUUAUGGAAUAAGGUCCCAGGCGUGUAUCUUUUAUCCACAUUCAUCUUCGAGUUUAUCCACAGGUUCAUCAUCUGAGGCACUACAUGCUGAGGUUAGAGAAUUGCGUCAAACUCUUAGUCAAGUCCAAGAUCGUGAGAAGAGGCUUCAAUAGACGCUUGACUAAGUCCAAGAUCGUGAGGAGAGGCUUCAACAGACACUUGACCAAGUCCAAGAUCGUGAGGAGAGGCUUCAACAGAUGCUUGGCCAAGUACAAGAUAAUAACAAGGAGCUUCAACAAAGUUUGCUUGAAAUGAAAGAGGAGAGGGACCAAUAUCG